GUUAAUUUCCACGAAGUUUUAUGCUUGACGGUUUGUCAAUCUUGCCUUGUGUUUCCCUAGCGCCCUUCCACGGCAUGGUGGGAUACACUGCCGCAUCCACUUUGCCACUUCCCUCGUGCGACCUGGAUAAACGAUGGAUGUGGUACAGUAGGUUCGCACUGCGCAGCAGCCACAAGGAAGCGUGCUGCCCAACAAUCUUAUCAUCUUGAUGACGUUAGUUCAUCCCAGGAAACUUGCACUGCCCCAACCACCUCUCCGAAUACGAACCAUGUCUUUGCUCAGACAUACCAGCAUCACAACAAAGCUUCGUCGAACCCAUCAGGGCACUUAAUAUGAACCGACAGUUCCUAAAAAAUUCUGGGAGAUCCAGAGCCGUGAGCGGUCGCUCAAAGCUGUGCGUAGUUGGUGUCUUCCUUCUGAAAGAAGCUCACGUACAAUGUUCCUUGGACCUUGGAUGCUUUUGUUUUUGCAGUCAUCGCGGAUUCUGACAGAGACGGCGGGCCUCGAAUCUGCGAGAACUUCUCAAGUUCAGGGAUGUUGCGUCACCGUCAUGCUAGUUUACUCCGGCGAUGCUGAUGUCGAUCCGUACGAAAUUCCGGUAUGGAAGUACAAUCUAAACAGGCAGUUCAAAUUUAUACAAGCUCGAACGCGACUCCCAGCACACAAAGAACGUACGUAUGUUCCAGGAGAUCCGAGCGGUCAUUCAAAGUUGUACGUAGCUGGUGGAAAGGUCCAGUCGCAUAACUCUUCUUUCUAAAUGAGGUAUGAAGCUCACGUACCUGCAUGCAGCUCCAGCGUUCCAUCAAAUGCUUAUAUGAGUCACAUGUGCAACUUUGCUCCCGGUGUUGCGUUAAGAGUGGGAUGGUGACUCGACGGCUGAUUGUUGGUCCCCCGACUCGGGCUCUGCGAGAACUUCCCAAGGUCAGGGCUGUUAUGUCGCGGGCGAGGCUUAAUACCGAGGUAGCUUUCUUCGCGAUGUAGAUGUCGAUCCGCGGUAAAAAAAAUUAAACAGACCACUUCUCUCCUGAGAUACAUGGGCUGGAGUACCGCUCAUGUGGUGGUUCCAGCUUGUUUGUAAAGGACGCACAUUGUUAUCUUCAUUGAUAAUGAUGGACUAGCACCAAAGUUUCUCUUCACCUGAUCUAAAUUUUCUCAGAGAAGACGUAUCAUCUCAUCAUGUGAGCAGACGGGCCAAGAAAAAAAAAUUCUAACAUUGUUCGAUUUAUAUAACUGGAAUGAGCUUGAACUUCUACUA